AUGGACCCCUCGCUGGAGUCGUCAGCGGCCGUCCAUGGUGCGCUGUUCAACCACUUGGCAAUGCCAGCCAAACUCCCACAGCAGCGGGACCCCGAGAAACAAAUCCAGCUCAUCGAAUCUGAGCUCGUUCAGCGUUUGGCUGCUGCCGCCAAGGUCAUGAGCGAAUUGCCUAGCAACGUCGACCAGUGCCGCGAUGUCUGGAACUCAAUUGGCAAAACACUCGCCGCCUGCCAGCAUCUCAACACCGCCGGACGAAUUGACAAGGCGAUUCUUCUCCAAGAAUUGCACGACUUGGGUCCGUCUGGCUGCAUUGUUCUGCACAUCGAGAAACAGAACGCGGGCCUCAUCAUCCGUCGAUCACAAGAUGUCGUCUUCGAGGCCUUCGAAGCGUCUGCCAAGAAUGAGAAUGUCUUGGCCACCAAGAGUGCUCUACUCUGGGAUUUCCCCGGCAUUGCGGUCACCAUCCCGUUCACGACCUUCGCCGAUCAUCACUUUAAAUCAAGCUUAGCCACGUUCAGUGAGCAGGCGUCAUUGGAAACCGUCAAGGACUUCGCUGCUCACUCCUUCAAGGCCGGCGCUAGGGUCUUCGAGUACCGCAACACUGGUGACCCUUCCAUCAUCACCUCUCUACUCAUGGGAAUCCUCGAAGAAAACGGCCGCCGUGUUGCCCCAGUCCUUCUCAGAAAGCGUGUUCGCGAUGAUGUCUGCUGGGAUCACGCCAAAAAGCCAUGGCGCAGAUUACCUUACUAUCUCAUACUCCGCGUCUGCAUCGAGAGGUUCCUCUGCCUGUCGUUGAGUCCGGAGCAAGGUCGUCUUGAAUACAAUUUCUUCAUGUGCGUACUUUUGUCAACGUUUCUGGACGUCACAAUCACCUUCCAAGCUAGCACCGAGAAAGUUCACUUUUUGAAAAAGAAAGUCUGCCGCCGGCUCGUCAAAGUUGACCUGGACAGAAGCCGCUCCCAGGAUCGUGCCGCAAUCUCGAGAUACGACUUUCUCUUCAAUCGUCUUAAUCCUACCUUCACCACAACCAUCGACAAGUGUUCCUACUUUCUCCAUCGCGCGAUUACGCAGACGAGAAAGAGCUUGACUAAACAAAUUCCCACGCUCCCAAAGAAAGCCUCUUUCUUGGAAAUGCAGCUUGGCCUCAGAGUCAGCUAUGACUACAUCAAAAAGGUUCUCUUGAGCCACAAAGCGCCACGCAGAAGACGACAAUUUCGGGAAAUACCAGGGGAAGGUUCGGUCGAGGCACCCAAAGAUCAUCUCAGCCAUCAUGCUCAGCGCUAUCAUAAGCUGACCAUCACCGAGACGGAGCUCCUUGCGUCGACGAAAGAUUCCUGCGCACAAAUUUCUCAGCAGAUCUUUGACUACAUUCAUACAGCGAUUCCUUUGUACGAGGGCAACGCAGAACAAAACAGCCAGAUGCUUCUAAUCGUCAUGGAGUUGUGGAUCAAGAUGGAUUCGAUCGCUUGCGCUUCAUUUCCCCUCCUGGCGGACUUUCACCCAAUGUUCUACCCACAAAUGCUUGAUGUUUUCCUUCUACCUCAGCUUGUGGAUAUGAGGCGCCUUGGCAUGCUUCAAGACCUUCUGUCGGCUCGCGUGAAAAAAGCCAGUGCCAGCCGCCGCAACAUCUUUGAGGACCCAUCGCCGGGUUGCUUUGCUGAACGGUACUACAGGGAAUCAAGUGACGGCCCGGUCUUGAAAGACUUAAACGGUGCAAUCAUUGAGCUAGCCAACAAUAUGCGCGAUCAAAAACAACAGGAGUGGAAGAGAAAAAGCAAGGAAUACGACGAAUUGAUCAGCCGCAUCGACAUCAGCGCCUGCACUUACAUCUUUGAUGAGUAUAAUCCUCAGAGCCGCGGGUACCAUGGUCGCAACUCGACCCUGUCGUUGCACGAGCGGUUAUUUUCGAAUUAG